UUGGCCAGGGCGCGCCGGGGCUCGGUCGGUACCGCGCUGGGCCACUCCGCGGUAACUCCUCGGGAACUGCUCGGGCUCCGCUCCGCCGGGGCUCGGCGGUCACCGGGGCGAGCGGAGGGACCGCGCCCCGACAGCGCCCGACAGCGCCCGGAACCGCCGCGCGGCGGGCGCGUUCCCCGCCGAGCCCCGUCCCGUUGUUAUGACGACACGGCCGUAAAGCCGCCAUCUUGCGGCGCGUUGCGACACGGGGGCCGCGAUGGCAACGGGCGCGGGGCCGGCGGCGCUUACGGCAGCAGCGGCCGGGCCGGGCCGGGGCGCCCGGUGCCGGUGCCCGGUGCCGUGGCCCGGCCCCGCUGACGGCGCUCUCCCCGCAGACGAGGAUGACGUGCACCGCUGCGGGCGCUGCCAGUCCGAGUUCAGCUCGCUGCAGGAGUUCGUGCAGCACAAGCUGCAGAAGCGCUGCCAGCGCCCUCCCGACGCGCUGGCCGGCCUGCUCGGGCAGGACGGACAAAAGCAGGUGGUUCCUGCUGUCGAGGAGUCCAUCACUGUUGCUCACAUUGUCGUUGAAGCCUCUUCCAUAGCAGAGGAGAUCAGCGACGCCUCGGCCAUCGUAGGCAGUGGGCACAUCAAAGAGGUCAUUGUAGCAGGAGAGCACGUGUUUGAGAGCCCGAAUGGCCACGUGGAUGGGGAGGUCAGUGAGGAGCAGGGCAGCCCCGAGGAGCAGGAGCAGGACAUGUCCAGCGAGCUGAUCAAGGUCAAGCUGCAGGUCAACAAGGAGGGGCGAUACGUGUGUGAGCUGUGCCAGAAGACAUUUAAAACUGCCAGCAUCCUCAAAGCUCACAUGAUCACUCACAGCAGCAGGAAGGACUAUGAGUGCAAACUCUGUGGGACUUCCUUUAGGACAAAGGGGUCUCUGAUCCGACACCAUCGGCGGCACACGGAUGAAAGACCUUACAAAUGCAAGAAAUGUGGGAAAAGCUUCCGGGAAUCAGGAGCUUUGACUCGGCACCUUAAAUCUCUGACGCCUUGCACUGAAAAAAUCCGCUUCAACGUGACCAAAGAAAUAGUUGUCAACAAAGAUGAUCUGCCAUCAGGGCCCUGCAGCUCCAGCACAGACACGGUGUCCUCCAUAGCGAGCGAAUCCAUCGAGGCCUCUCCUGUCAUCCACCUCGUGACAGAUGCAAAAGGCAAUGUGCUCCAUGAGGUCCACGUGCAGAUGCAGGAGCUUCCCGUGGUGGAUGCAAAACCCCUGGAGCCAGAUCAGCCGCAUCCUGAGGAGCUGCCCUGCGAGGGGGAGGUGAACAGUGAGAACCUGCUGAGGCAGGCCAUGAGGAAUUCGGGCAUUGUCAUCGAGAGAGUGGCCGUGGAGGAGGUGCAGAAGCCAGAGGAACCUGUGGCAGCUGCUCCAGAAGAGCUGGAAAACAAAGGGGUGGAAGUAGAAGAGGAGCCUUGUGGGGAGCAGUGUGCUAAACUGGAAGGAGCAGAGUCUCAGACACCUGCAGAAAGAACCAACGGGUACAAACGUUACAUUUGCUCUCACUGUAAUGAAGCCUUCAGUGAAGCUGCUGCCCUGGAAACUCACAGCAAGAGUCACACAGAGUACAAACCUUUCAAGUGUGAGGAGUGUGGCAAGGAGUUCACCAAGGGCUACCUGCUGAAGAAGCACCAGGAGGUGCACGUGAACGAGCGGCGGUUCCGCUGCGGGGAGUGUGGCAAGCUCUACAAGACCAUAGCCCACGUCAAGGGGCACCGGCGCGUGCACUCGGACGAGCGGCCCUACGCCUGCCCCAAGUGCGGCAAGCGCUACAAGACAAAGAACGCCCAGCAGGUGCAUUUCCGGACCCACCUGGAGGACAAGCCCUACGUGUGCCAGUUCUGCAGCCGGGGCUUCCGGGAGAAGGGCUCCCUGGUGCGCCACAUCCGCCACCACACCGGCGAGAAGCCCUUCAAGUGCUACAAGUGCGGCCGCGGCUUCGCCGAGCACGGCACCCUCAACAGGCACCUCAAAACCAAAGGCGGCUGCCUCCUGGCUAUGAAAGAGGUGGAAGAAGUGAUAGUGUCAGAGGAGAGCCAGUCUGCUGACAACCUGGCAGCCACGGUCCUUUCGGAGGAUCCGCACACGGUGCUGGUGGAGUUCUCCUCGGUGGUGGCAGACACCCAGGAGUACAUCAUCGAGACUUCUACCGAAGACAUGGAGACCAGUGAAGCUACUGAAAUAAUAGAGGGAACAAGGCACGAGGUGGACAGCCACAUCAUGAAGGUGGUGCAGCAGAUCGUCAACCAGGCCAACUCGGGCCACCAGAUCAUCGUGCAGAACGUCACCGUGGCCGAGGGCGCCGCGGCCGCCGACGCCGCCGACACCAUCACCAUCGCCACGCCCGAGAGCCUCACCGAGCAGGUGGCCAUGACGCUGGCCUCGGCCAUCGGCGACGGCGCCGUGCUGGCCGCCGAGGGCGGGCUGGCCGCGCAGGAGGCCACCGUCACCAUGGUGGCCUCCGAGGACAUCGAGAUCAUGGAGCACGCGGGCGAGUUCGUGAUCGCCGCCGCGCAGGAGGGCGAGGUGGAGGUGCAGACCGUGAUCGUGUGAGGGGCUGCGGCGGCACAGCCGCGCUCGGGCUGCUCGGGGAGCACGCGAGUGGUCAGGGGACAGGGCAGGUCUGAAACAGGACAGGGCAGGUGUGAAACGGGACAGGGCAGGUCUGAAUGGGGCAGGUCUGAAACGGGACAGGGCAGGUCUGAAAUGGGACAGGACAGGUCUAAAAUGGGACAAGACAGGCCCAAAGGGGACAGGGCAGGUCUAAAAUGGGAUAGAACAGGUCUAAAAUGGGAUAGAACAGGUCUGAAACGGGACAGGACAGGUCUAAAACUGGAUAGAACAGGUCUGAAAUGGGAGAGGACAGGUCUAAAAUGGGAUAUAACAGGUCUAAAUUGGGAGAGGACAGGUCUAAAAUGGGAUAUAACAGGUCUAAGUUGGGAGAGGACAGGUCUAAAACUGGAUAGAACAGGUCUAAAAUGGGAUAUAACAGGGCAGGACUGAGGUGUUCUCAGUCUCAAACCAACACUGGGAGUUAAACCCUUGGCCUGGUCACCCCAGGAGACUGACAGGUCCCAAGUGGCACUCAGUGUUCUGUACAGCAGCCUCGAAUUAAGGAGGAUCCUUUGGGAGUCAGCCCCCUGUGCCCAGCACUGGGACAGCAGUGGUCUGGUUUUUAAAAGGAUUCAGAAAGUGUAGCAAGUGUGUGGGGGUCUCACGAGGGAUUAUUGAAAUAUAUGCAUUUAAAACAAGUUGAGAAAACCAAACCUAAGGAGUGGUGGUGUGUGCUGAGCACCACUGAAACACUCUCAUGCCUUUAACCUCACUCCUUCAGGCCUCCCAAGGCACGGUACUGCAGUAUUUCUCUUUUCUUUGGUAUCCUGGACAAGUAGCCUUAUGUACUGGUCUAUGAAUGCAUCAUUGUACCCUGCAAUGCCAGCCAGGCUGCUCUGAGAGCCAGCCUGGGGGCUGGAAAGCCAUAUUGUAUAGCAAUUUGGUUUUUUUUAACCAUAUAUGGAUUUUUAAUUGCAUAUUGUACAGAUUUGGCAUGUAAAUAAAUACAUUUUUAAAAAUAAAAUUAUUUAAAGUUCUUACUA